UUUAUCUAAUUUUCAAUCAGCAAGUCGCCCACCGCUCUUCUAAAUGGCCUCUGCUACAUUUCUCUCCACUCUCUCGUUGGCCAACAAGAAUUAUCUGCUGUUAACUCCUACUCAUGCUUAUGCAAAAGGGUAUACUAACAACUUUAGAGUUUCGAAUUUACCUUCCAUUGUUGUAAGAAAAGAGGGUUCUGUUCGGUCGCAAGGUUUUGUAGCAAUGCAGGAGAAGGGUGGUUCAACAUUGAGCGAUGAUUCGAGGACGAAAACCCCACAUGUUUUGACUGUUGCUGGCUCUGAUUCGGGUGCUGGGGCUGGAAUUCAAGCUGAUCUCAAGGCUUGCGCUGCUCGUCGAGUCUAUUGUUCUACUGUUAUCACUGCUCUCACUGCUCAGAACACUGUUGGGGUUCAGGGUGUAAGUAAUGUACCAGAGGAUUUCGUUGCACAACAGUUAAAGUCUGUGCUCUCUGAUAUGCAAGUUGAUGUGGUGAAAACAGGUAUGCUACCUUCUGUUGGCAUAGUCAAGACACUUUGUAAGACGCUCAGGGAAUUUCCUGUCCAUGCUUUGGUGGUUGAUCCUGUCAUGGUAUCUACAAGUGGGGAUGUGCUAGCUGGUCCUUCCAUUCUUUCCACAUUUCUAGAGGAGCUCCUUCCAAUGGCUGACAUAAUAACCCCAAAUUUGAAGGAAGCAUCUGCUUUGCUUAAUGGUAUGCAAUUGGAAACGGUGGAUGACAUGCGCUCUGCUGCAAGAUUGUUGCAUAAUAUGGGCCCAAAGAAUGUGCUUGUCAAGGGGGGUGACCUACCUGACUCAUCAGAUGCUGUUGAUAUUCUAUAUAAUGGUCAUAACUUCUACGAGCUGCGUUCGCCCCGUAUAAGAACUCGUAACACUCAUGGUACCGGUUGUAGUUUGGCAUCAUCUAUAGCAGCUGAAGUAGCAAAAGGCUAUCCAAUGCUUUCAGCUGUUAAGGUAGCAAAACGCUUUGUUGAAACUGCAUUGGAUUACAGCAAAGAAAUUGAUAUUGGAAAUGGACCUCAAGGCCCCUUUGAUCAUCUAUUGAGACUUAAGAGUCAUUCUCAAGCUUGUCAUAGGCAGCAGCCAUUUGAUCCAAGUGACUUGUUUCUGUAUGCUGUUACAGAUUCAAGAAUGAACAAACGGUGGGGCCGAUCUAUCAUCGAUGCUGUUAAAGCUGCCAUAGAUGGAGGUGCUACCAUUAUCCAGUUAAGAGAGAAGGAUGCUGAAACAAAGGACUUUAUGGAAUCUGCAAAAGCAUGUAUUAGAAUUUGCCGUUUGCAUGGAGUUCCUCUGCUGAUUAACGACCGUGUUGAUGUUGCCAUUGCUUGUGAUGCUGAUGGAGUGCAUGUUGGCCAGUCUGACAUGCCUGCUCGUGUUGCUCGAACUCUUCUUGGUCCAGAAAAGAUUAUUGGUGUCUCUUGCAAGACACCGGAGCAAGCUGAACAAGCAUGGGUUGAUGGUGCUGAUUACAUUGGGUGUGGUGGUGUCUACCCAACCAACACCAAGGAAAACAAUAUCACAGUUGGUUUGAAUGGGCUGAAAACCGUUUGCAUGGCUUCGAAGUUACCAGUGGUGGCCAUUGGUGGAAUCGGUGUGUCAAAUGCACGUGCUGUAAUGGAAAUCCGCACAUCGAAUCUAAAAGGCGUUGCCGUUGUUUCAGCCCUUUUUGAUCGGGAAUGUGUACAGGCUGAAACAAGGAAGUUGCAUGAAAUGCUAUUGGGAUCUAACAUUGGUAGUACAUAAGUUUUAUGAUCUGAUUCUGAUAAGAUAACUAUCUCAAUGGGAGAUGUUCAAAAACUGAAUGUUGACUAUCUUAAGCAUCGCUUGAUUUUUUCUGUAAUAAUCAUAAAAGGGAUGGACAAAUUCCUAUUUUCCAUGUUA